GGGAUUUUUAUUGGCGGAUGAACGGACGAGAGCGGGCGCGCGUCUGAAGUCCGAACCUGUGCUGCUCCACCACCGAUGGCUCUGCCGCCGGCCGCAGGGGCGGCAGCGGCGCCGGUGACGCCCUUCGCCGCGCAGCCGCGUGGGCACGGUGGAGGCGGUCUCAGGCGGACGUCGCCGGCGCCGCCGGCCGCGGCGCUGCGGCUCGGGCCCCUCUUCUGGCCGUGGGAAAAGGUGAAAGUUGGUCCCCUGUCUGUUUCCCCCAUGGGCUUUGGAACGUGGGCUUGGGGAAAUCAGCUGCUCUGGGGCUAUCAAGAAAGUAUGGACAGUGAACUUCAGGAAUGCUUCAAUCUGGCUCUGAAGAAUGGCAUAAACCUUUUUGACACUGCGGACUCUUACGGAACUGGAAAGUUGAAUGGACAGAGCGAACGGUUACUUGGUAGAUUUAUACGUGAGUUUGAAGGGCCGAUCAAAUCUCCAGAUGAUGUGGUCAUUGCAACGAAGUUUGCUGCAUAUCCUUGGCGACUUACAUCGGGCCAGUUUGUCGGAGCUUGCAAAUCUUCUUUGGAAAGAUUGCAACUAGAUCGGCUUGGAAUAGGGCAGCUGCAUUGGUCCACUGCUAACUAUGCACCUUUACAGGAACGUGCUCUCUGGGAUGGUCUAGUUGAAAUGUAUGAAAAGGGCCUCGUUCGUGCUGUUGGUGUCAGCAAUUACGGACCGAAGCAGCUUCUGAAGAUCCACAGCUAUCUAGCUUCUAAAGGUGUUCCCUUGAGCUCAGCUCAGGUUCAGUUCUCACUACUGAGCAUGGGUGACGAGCAGAUGGAACUGAAAACCGUGUGUGACUCGUUGGGCAUUCGUCUCAUCGCAUAUAGUCCGCUUGGGUUAGGGAUGCUGACCGGAAAGUAUGAUGCUUCUAACCUUCCAAAAGGACCAAGGUCUGUGUUGUUCCGGCAAAUUCUUCCUGGGUUGGAGUCUUUGCUGUCCUGUCUAAGAAGAAUUGCAGAAAAGAAGGGGAAAACCAUGUCUCAGGUGGCCAUAAACUGGUGCAUCUGCAGAGGCACGAUCCCUAUCCCCGGCGUGAAAACGGUCAGGCACGUCGAGGAGAACUUGGGCGCGCUCGGCUGGAGGCUGAGCCCCGCUGAGAUCUCAGAGCUCGAGUCCGCGGCGAUGGCAGCUCCGAAGAGAAUGAUCCAGAACGUCUUUCAGACUGCCUGAAUCAUGUGCAGGAACCUGAAUCUCGGUACCAAACAUGACAGAACAAUGUCCGGAAUUCAGAUAGAGCAGAGAGACGCUUCAUUCGCUGAUCUCAGAAAUCUUGCCAGUAGUAAGCAGUAGCCAAGGAGCUGCACGCACGCACGCAUGUAUCUUACUUCUUGCUGAUGAAGUUCGAUUAGCAGCAAACAACUGAUUACAACGACACACUUAUUCA